AUGCGCAUCGAGAAGGAGGAAGAACAGAUGUUUCAAAACACCAUUAACUGUCAUAUCUGUGGUUUCGAAUUGGGCGCCGACCGGGUUCGCGAUCAUUUCCAUCUCACAGGAAAGUAUCGUGGAGCCGCACACAACGAAUGUAACUUAAACUAUAGUUUUAGUGGACGCAUUCCUGUCAUCCUUCACAAUCUUCGUGGUUAUGACUCCCACCUGAUUAUGCAAGGACUUGGAAAGCUAAAGAAUAAGGAGAUCAACUGCAUCCCCAAUAAUACUGAAAAGUAUAUUUCCUUCUCCAUCAAUAAACUAGAUUUUAUUGACUCACUUCAGUUUAUGAACGUUUCUCUCGAACGCCUUGUCUCAAACUUAUCCAAGAAUGGUGGGGAUAUGUUUCCCAUCCUCCAGAGAUAUGUUGAAUCUGAGAAAGUGCCCUUGUUGCUGAGGAAAGGCGUGUACCCGUAUGACUACAUGGAUAGUGUGAAAAAGUUCAAUAAAGAAACUCUGCCUCCUCAAGAAUGCUUCUACAGUAUUCUAAACGAUGAACACGUUUCCGAUGCUGACUACGACCACGCUACUCGCGUCUUUGAGGCUUCUAACUGCCAAAGUAUGGGAGACUAUCAUGAUUUGUACUUAAAAUCUGACGUUCUGCUCCUUGCUGAUCUAUUUGAAAACUUCCGAAACGUCUGUUUAAAAGCAUACAAUCUAGAUCCUUGUCACUUUUACACAAGUCCUGGGUUGGCGUGGCAAGCUUGUCUGAAAAUGACAGAGGUGGAACUAGAGCUAUUGACUGAUCCAGAUAUGUAUUUAUUCAUCGAAGAAGGGCUUCGUGGUGGUAUAUCCAUGAUAAGUAACCGUUUCAGUAAAGCGAACAAUCCGUACAUCCCCGACUAUAACCCUGAUCAAGACUCAUCUUACGUGAUGUAUCUCGACGCUAAUAAUCUUUAUGGCUGGGCUAUGUCACAACCUCUACCAACUGGUGAAUUCCAUUGGUUAAAUGAAGAAAACAUCUCCAACCUUGACAUCACGCAAAUUCCCGAUGACUCUGAAGAAGGUUAUAUUCUCGAAGUCGAUUUAAAGUAUCCCAAGGAGUUACAUGAUCUACAUAACGACUAUCCGUUGGCUCCUGAAAAGAUGAAGAUUUGUCCUGAAAUGCUAUCACCCUAUUGCAAACAGCUCUCAGAAGAUUUAAAGCUCGGGAGUGCUGCAGUCCCCAAACUAGUACCCAACCUCAACGAUAAGACCAAGUAUAUUGUACACUACCGUAAUCUGAAGUUAUAUCUCAAGCUGGAAAUGGAGCUGACAGAAAUUCACAGAGUCUUGGCGUUUCAACAAAGUCCAUGGCUCAAAGCGUACAUAGAUUUCAACACAGAAAGAAGAAAGCACGCCGCGAAUGACUUUGAGAAAGAUUUCUACAAGCUGAUGAAUAAUGCGGUGUUUGGAACGACCAUGGAGAAUCUGAGAAAGCGAGUAAAUGUCAAGUUGGUCAAUGAUAAGACAAAGCAACAAAACUAAUUGCCCGUCCAUCGUUUGACUCUUUCCGCAUUUUCUCUGAGGAUCUCGCUGCUGUGAAUAUGAAGAAGACAAAGCUAUACUUAAAUCGUCCAAUUUAUGUGGGAUUUACAAUUCUAGAUCUCUCAAAGGUGUUGAUGUACCAAUUUCAUUACGAAUAUAUGAAACAGAAGUAUGGUGCUAACGCUAUGUUGCUUUUCACGAAUACGGACAGUCUAUGUUAUAAAGUGAAGACCCGUGACAUCUACCAAGACAUAUUGGAAGACGCAGAGCUAUUCGAUACAUCCGAAUACGCACAAGACCAUCUUUUGUAUAGUACACGAAAUAAGAAAGUUCUCGGUAAGAUGAAAGAUGAGACGCAUGGAAUUCCAAUUCAAGAAUUUGUUGGUUUAAGGCCAAAGAUGUACUCCAUCCUAUACACCGAGAACAGUAAGCUGGUGGAGAAGAAGACAGCUAAAGGGAUAAAGAAGUCGGUGACAAAGAAGAAGAUAAGACAUGAUAAUUAUAAAACAUGCUUAUUCAAUAAGAAGCACACAAAAGCGUCAAUGAAUCAGAUUCGAAGUCACGGUCAUGAGAUCUACUCCAUCAAAUUAAACAAGAUUGCUUUAAGUCCAUAUGAUGAUAAACGUUAUAUUUUAGAAGAUGGUGUUAACACAUUGUCUCAUGGACAUUAUAAAAUUAAGAAAUAA